UAUGUCACUGUCAGUUACAGCUGUAUAUGACGUGUUUUCUGUGUUUUGGAGUGCAAAGUAUUUUCAGCAAUUCAGUGAAUAUUCAUUAAAUCAGAUUAAGAUAUUUAAUUUAUGUCUUAAAUUACUAAAAUAUGUCUUAUAUAACAGGCCCUGAUGUGGUGAAAUAUGCCUGCACUUGUGGUUUGUUAAAACCUAUCCCACAACUAUAUUUUUGCAAGCAUUGCCUUCAAAUUCGUUGCAGAUUUUGCGUUUGUCAUGAGGUAGACUCAAUAUUUUGCGGUAAAUGUUCGGAAAAUAUACCUUCUGCUGAGGCAAGAGUUAAGAAAAAUAGGUGUGCAAAUUGCUUUAUUUGUCCCAGUUGCCAGCAAGAAUUAUCAACGAGAAUUGCUUCAAAAGGACCAGCUAACCCUGAUGAUGCAAAAUCACCAAUCAAGAAGACUUACUACUUAAGUUGCUAUUUUUGUCGGUGGAGUUCGAGAGAUGUGGGAAUUCCUGACCAGCCAUCAGCCACUGGUGGAUGGCCUGAACGUGAAAAUGUCCAUAUUAAUCGCCUUCAAGAGGUUCUUGAUACAUACAAGCAAAUCAUGCAUUCAGAGAAACAACAGAAAGAAAGUGAUAAGAGGAAGCAAAGAGGAAAAUUUGUUAGCUAUACAGAUAAAACUGGUGUCACUGCUUCAGCUCUUAGAAAACGUAUUGGUUUGCCAGAUAUUCCACAUGCUAUGCUAAAGAAGCCCAAACCACCAGAGCCUGCAGUGGCUAAAGCUGAAGUUGAUGAAUUACCUGAGAGUAUUUUUACAGAACCCAUCAAACUUAUGGAAGUCACCACAAUCGAACAAAGAUUAAUGCAACCAGAAUGUCAACCAUUAACUGUAGACAAAUUAUUCCCAGUACAUAAGCAGCUGUCCAUUAAACAGUCAUUAAGAUGUCGUACAUGUGAACACAAUGUUAGUAAACCAGAAUACAACCCGAAUUCUGUGAAAUUUAAGAUUCAGCUGUUGGCAUAUUGUUAUAUACCAGAAGUAAGAUUUGUAACGGUGGAGCCAUUAAGAGCUGGCCAGACAGUUGAAUUGAUUAUUAAAUUUACCAACCCUACACAAUAUCAAACAACUAUUACAAUUUUGGAUCUAGAUUUGGAUGAACAGGCACAAUAUGUUGAGGAACAGAAAUUAAUUGAUUUGACACAGAAUUUAGAACAAGCAUUAUCUCUGCAGGAGAAGCAACCUAUGUCUCUGCCUUCUCUUCCAUAUUCUUCGGGUAGUCAACCAAGCAGUCUCCUUAGUUUACCUCGACUUCCAUCAGUAAUAGUUAAACCUCGCAAAAUUUUCACAGAAACUAACUGCGAUGUUGCUAUACCCGAAAGUUCUUUUAUUUUACCGCCCAGAGACGACGCUGCUGAGUAUGAUGAUUCUUCUGAAGUCCAUAAUUUUGAGGAUGAUCCAAAGUUAAUAAAAUGGAGAAAAUCUAAUAAAGCUUUUGUAAAAUUAGCAGUAACUCCUAGAGCAGAUUUAAAACUGGGGGAUGAGGUAGUGUGUGGAUUUACUAUGCAGCAUAUUUAUACAAAUGUUUUACCACCUGCCGUAGAAAAUAAACAACCUCAGAAGUAUGAUCAUAAAGUUAGGGUGUUUUUAACAUUAGGCAAAGUAGUUGGAUCUGAGUGAUUAAGACUAGCUUUUAUUUUAUACUUGAAUUUCAUAAUUUUUUUAUGCUAGUUUAAAAUUAUUUUCUAAGAUAUUUAUCGCGUUAGUAUAUUUUUAGUUGGAGCAUUAAUGCUACUAACUACAUUUUAUAUUGUACACUGAAAGUGCUUGCUUAUGCUCAUAUUUAUUACCAGUGCUUAAUAUUAUAUAACUACUAUUGUUUUUUUUUAAUAAACUUGCUUAUUUAUUAUC